CUUGCAAUCAGCUGUCCCCACCCUUCUCUCCCAUACAGGAAGCUGCAUUACUAACAAGCUAGCUGUCAACAAAGGGGGAAACUGUGUGAAAUCAACAAAUCAGUGCUCGGGUCGGCUGUAUUGCUGACUUUUGGUUGCUCCUCCUAAAAUUAUAUAUCACAGCGCCGCCAGCUGAAUCCUGAAAAUGGCGACAACCGCCCAGCUGUUCGAGGAGCCCUUUGAUGCAGAUGAGUACAUAGAAAGGUUGGCCUGGAGGACUCCUGGAGGAGGCUCCAAAGGAGGAGCAGAGGCAUUUGACCCUAAAAGGCUGUUGGAAGAAUUUGAGAGCCACAUCGAGGAGCUGAAGCAACUGGAUGAGAAGAUCCAACGGAAAGUGGAGAAGCUUGAGCAUCAGUGUCAUCGUGAGGCCAAGGAAUUUGCACACAAAGUACAAGACUUGCAGAGAAGCAACCAGGUGGCCUUUCAGCAUUUUCAAGAGCUCGAUGAGCAUAUCAGCUAUGUGGCCACCAAGGUUUGCCACCUUGGUGACCAGCUGGAAGGAGUGAACACACCUCGCCAGAGAGCUGUGGAAGCUCAGCGACUCAUGACUUACUUCAACGAGUUCUUGGAUGGAGACCUACGCAGUGAUGUCUUCAAUAACCCAGACAAGAUUGAGGAGGCAGCUGAUAUCAUUCAGAAGCUGCAUCUCAUUGCCCAGGAGCUGCCUUUCGACAGAUUUGCAGAUGUCAAAGCAAAAAUUGCAAGUAAAUAUCAUGACUUGGAGCGGCAGCUAAUCCAGGAGUUCACCGCAGCUCAGCGCAGGGGUGAGAUUGGUCGUAUGCGGGAGGUUGCAGCGGUUCUAUUACAUUUCAAGGGCUAUGCACACUGUGUGGAUGUCUACAUCAAGCAGUGUCAAGAAGGGGCCUACACGAGGAAUGAUGUGUUUGAAGACACUGCUGUCCUCUGCCAAAGGGUCAACAAGCAGGUGGGCGAGAUCUUCAGCAGUCCAGAGACUGUCAUGGCCAAACUCAUCCAGAAUAUCUUCGAGAACAAACUGCAGACUCAUGUUAAGGAAAAACUGGAAGGCACUCGACACUCUGAUGUAGAACAGUACCUCAAAAACUUGUAUGACCUAUACACGAGAACCACAGCAUUAGCCACAAAGCUGACAGAGUUCAACCUGGGCUCCGACAAGCAUACGUUCCUAUCCAAGCUGAUAAAGAGCAUAUUUUCCUCUUAUUUGGAAAGUUACAUUGACAUGGAAAGGGAGUACCUUCGCACUCGAGGUGCCAUGAUUCUCCAGCGAUACUAUGACUCUAAGAACCACCAAAAACGACCAAUUGGUACUGGCAGUAUUCAAGAGCUGAAAGAGCGGAUCAGACAGCGUACCAAUCUUCCCCUGGGUCCUAGCAUUGACACUCACGGGGAGACUUUUCUGUCCCCAGAGCUGGUUGUUAAUCUGUUGCAGGAGACACGUCAUGCCUUUGAGAGAUGUCACAGGCUCUCAGAUCCCUCUGAUCUGCCUAAGAAUGCCUAUUCAAUCUUCCUCCUGCUGGUUGAACAUCUGUGUGUGGAUCAUAUUGACUACGCCCUUGAGAUUGGCCUUUCAGCGAUUCCCUCAGCUGAUGCCAAAAAUGCCAACCUGUAUUUCCUGGAUGUGGUUCAGCAGGCAAACUCUAUUUUCCACCUGUUUGACAAACAGUUUAAUGACCAGCUCAUGCCUCUAAUAAGCUCAUCUCCAAAGUUGGCAGAGUGCUUACAUAAGAAGAAAGAGGUGAUCGAACAAAUGGAAGUGAAACUGGACACAGGAAUUGACAGAACACUGAACUGCAUGGUGGGGCAGAUGAAACACAUCCUGGCGACAGAGCAGAAGAAAACUGAUUUCAGGCCUGAAGAUGAGAACAAUGUCAUGAUCCAGUACACCACAGCCUGUUCCAAGGUAUGUGCCUACGUCAGUCGACAGGUGGAGCAUGUGCGGAAAUCUAUGGAUGGGAAAAACGUGGACACAGUGCUGACAGAGCUGGGUGUUCGUUUUCACCGUCUCAUCCAUGAGCAUCUACAGCAAUACAGCUACAGCUCAAUGGGAGGCAUGCUGGCCAUCUGCGACGUGGCUGAAUACCGACGAUGCGCCAAGGACUUCAGGGUCCCUCUGGUGCUGCAACUCUUCGACACACUCCAUGCCCUCUGUAACCUCCUGGUGGUUGCUCCGGACAACCUGAAGCAAGUCUGUUCAGGAGAACAUCUCACUAAUCUGGACCGGAACCUGCUGCACGCCUUCGUCCAGCUCAGAGUGGACUAUCGUUCAGCUAGACUGGGCCGACACUUUAGUUAAUGACUGUUUAUACACCUCGCUGUGCUCCGUCCAGAGAAGAAAUCUUGAGGUGGCACACCUUGAGGAUAAAUAUUACCACUUCUGAGAAUGCAUCGGUCUGGCCCCAGCAAGCAGACUAUAAUGCCGUUGGAAGGUCACUGCUCCUUGAAUGUGGGAAAUGUGCAUUUUAUUAUUUUUUGUUUCAUUGUUUAUUUCUCCAAGCUGUUAAAAUAUAGAUGUUCAUGAACUUAGGAUUUAAUUUGUUUUUAAAUACUAAUCCAUUACCACUUCAUGUUAUUAAGAUAAAUGACUUGUUAUAAGUAAAUGGACGAUACAGGUU